AUGUACCUGAAAAAAAUAGCUAAUCAAAGUGAACAUUAUGCGCAUGUUACAAAUUUCACCUGCUGUCCUCACCUUUGCCAAGUCUUAUAUAGUUGCACCGCUGCAGCAUCAACUGAAGAACAGUUGACUUUCAUCAUAUAUAAAGCAAACUAUUGGUCACAUCUAAAAGCAAGCUUAAAAAGGCAUGCAAUGCAAACUGAGCAUGCAUUUAUCGAUGUCAGCUCAAAGAUAAAGCAAAAUUCGGGCAGUAAGAAGGAGAUCGCGCACCCAUUCUGCCAACGAUUUCAAAUCUGA